UUCUUAUUCCAGAAUCGAUUUCAUCUGUAGGCUUUUAAAAUUCUGCGUUCGAGAGUGAAACUUGCGUACCCGUUGUUGGAGGCGAUCUGCAACAAUUUGUUGCAGGCAUUAUGACGAUGCUUGGCUGGUCUUUUGCGGCUGUUGAACCGUAAUUUUAUGUUUCCCUCCGAAACCUCUCUGGGAUAAUUUCCACGGGUUCAUUUCAAUUAUGUUUACUUUUGCUGCCUUUUGCUAUAUGCUCUCUUUGGUUCUCUGUGCGUCCUUGAUCUUCUUUGCAAUUUGGCACAUAACAGCCUUCGAUGAGCUCCAAGCAGAUUUCAAGGUCCCGAUCGAUCAGGGCAAUCCACUUCACGCGCGCGAGAGGCUCCGCAACAUCGAACGGAUCUGCUUCCUCCUGCGAAAGCUGGUGCUUCCAGAGUACUCCAUCCAUGGCCUCUUCUGUAUCAUGUUUCUCUGUGCUCAGGAAUGGCUAACAGUGGGUCUGAACAUUCCUCUCCUCUUCUACAAUACAUGGAGCAGGUACUUUCAUAGCCCCACAGACACGCCGGAGCUGCUCUACGACCCAGCAUCUGUGAUGAACGGGGACACGCUCAAGUUCUGCCAGAAAGAGGCCUGGUGCAAGAUGGCUUUCUUCGUGCUCUCUUUCUUCUACUAUCUCUACUGUAUGAUCUACUCUUUGGUAACUUCAUAACAAGCAGCAACGUCUGCCACUAGAGAGAACUCCCUGGGAUGUUUGUUAAAACAGAGACGGUGUUCCAGAAUCCAGGCGCCAAACUCAAUUUGGAGCGAAAGAGCACUUUCUGGCAACAAGCAAUUUUCACCCGGAGAGACCGCCCGCCUGGCAAAGGAGAUUUUUCAGAGCAGGUCUUGUCUCCUCAAUGUAUGUAAAGAAAUGUUACUGUUUACAGUUCUAGGUCAAAGACAGUCAUGUAUGUAUGUCAGAGCGACUAUCUACGUCUGUCUGUCUGUCUGUCACUCCUAGGCCUACAUUUAUAGUACUAUUCCACCCUGUCCAGGAGUCACACCUUUGUAAUACUGUAGUUUGCACAGUUUUGUCUCAGGCACCGCAAAAGACACCUGUCUGGAUGUAGUCAUUCCCUGGAGUCCUCACCUAUUUGCCGUCAGUUUCGCUGUGGGUAGUUUCAUUGGUGUUGUUGAAAAAGCCACAAAUAGAGACCGGGUCAAGAUAGUAAACAGGGUCAUUGAAUGUUGCAUUUUUA